AUGAUAUCGGAGUCUUAUGCCUGCUGUCCCUCUACGGCUGCACCAGAAGAAUGCACUGACCAAUGUGUUGUCGUUGCGUGUCAGGAAGGAGAUCAUUGCAAACUCGAUGAUUGUGUGGACUGCGACAGCCUCGACGAAAUUCUUCAAUGUUGUACUGAUCUCCAUGCCUACUAUGAAGAGCCUCGACAUCACCCUGAUUUCGCGACCGCUUGUUCAUGGAAUCCAGCCUUGAACGCAUUUCUUUGUUGUGGGCCUACCGAAUCUGCUGCCCUUCCCAUCGACUCGUCUUCUUUUUUUGCGCCGAACCAGUUUCAGAAUGGUCCAGAAUCCCUAGAUGAUUCAAUGGUUUCGUGUUUGUGGGGCAACUGUGGCGCGAUUCUCCCCAGUCUUUCAGAGCUCGCCGAGCAUGUCAACACAGUCCACUUACGAGCUCCGCCAUCACCAGCUUCCAACCCACAGGACAUGCUAUCAGCAUGUCAGUGGAAGGACUGCAGCGUCUAUCCUACGCCAAAUACGAUUGCCGGCCCGUCAUCAGGGGACAUGAACCUCAUUCUCGACGUCCUUUCCUCUCACCUCUUCCACGACCACUUGGGCCUGGAUAGUACCCCAAGCGAAUCCCGCCUCGCUACCCCGUCUCAAGAAUCUUCGCUCGAUGGCGACCUAUCAUCCAUCUUCUCUCCAGAAACCAGUCCCCCGCUUGACGGUCACACCUGUCGCUGGGUUGGGUGCGGUAGCUCCUUCCUAUCGUUGGAAGACCUGACUCAUCACUUGAACACCGUCCAUGUCGGUUCGGGGCGGGCAUCGUACGAAUGCUACUGGUCAGACUGCCAGAGAAACGGCGACAACGGUUUCGGCAGCAAACAAAAACUCUGCCGACAUCUCCAGUCCCACACUGGUCACCGCCCCUUCCAAUGCAAAAUCUGCAUGCAAAAUUUCUCCGAAGCCGCAACCCUCCAGCAGCACAUGAGGCGGCAUACACAAGAGAAGCCCUAUGUUUGCGACUAUCCAGGAUGUGGCAAAUCGUUUGCCAUCACAGGAGCCCUCACCAUCCACAAACGGACCCACAACGGCGACAAACCGUUCAAGUGUCCUCAUUGCUCAAAACCGUUCUCUGAAUCAUCAAAUCUUUCUAAACACCUUCGGACACACACUGGCGUGAAGCCGUAUGUGUGCAUGGAGCCGGGGUGCUCCAGGAGAUUUGCGCGGGCAGACCAGUUAACACGACACGGGCGGGUUCAUCGCAAGUAA